AUGAGUCAGUCGCUCGACCUUCAGGAGCAAGCAAGAUCACCAAGGAGCUUCAGACGGAUCGUCUACCAACGCUCGAAUACGGAAAGUAAUGCUAUGCUACAAGCAGCGAUCGUGGGCGCGUUUGCGGGAAACCUUGCGUACGCCGUCAGCUUUGUCUCGUCUUGCGUUCUUGGACCUCCAGUCGGACUCAAGCCUUGCGACCUCGGACUCUUGCAAGCCGUAGUCGAUAUGUGGGCUUACCGCCCUCUUGCCGAGGUGCAGGCCAAACUCGACGGAUACGCGCACAAGGUGUAUCCCGGAGCGGAAGUGUUUCUGCGCGAAGUUCCGGUAAGCGAAGGCGACGCGCUAUUUGACUCGCGCUUUUGCCACACUCCACGGCAGGGUGUGGCUACCCCUCGAGCACGCAUAUCUGAGCUGUCGACGUCAGAUCUUACAGAUGAGCGCGCCGAGAACGAAGGCAGCAGCGGCGAGGCCAGCAGCAGAAAUGGCGAGGCUUAUUCGCACUUCGCAAAUACAGUACCUUCGGUCAUCUCUGACGAGCUGCCCGGAGAGACCAUCGAUACAGCAACAGGUGCGGCAGAAAUGGUGGGAAGGGUUCAAGAGCUACCGAAUCGGGAGUCACAACAAGCUGAGGCAUCGACGAUCCAGGAGCUCGACGAACCGGAGAUAGGACCCAUGCCAUCACAGUCCAAGGGCAAAGGUCGACUCGUAAUUCCCGACGCGCCGUUGGACACCGCUGAAGUGGAGGAUGCAGCAGUAGAGGCUGCUUCCACGUCUGCCGCACCGAUACAAGAAGCCCAGCUUUUGAGGUCAGCUCACCGACAAAAUCCACACCCGGCUAUCUGCAUAAGCGUCCAUCUCCCGCAGGAUGCACAGCCAGAAAGUAGCUAUAAUUCUGGGACCAGAAGCUUUAACGAGCCCUCAUGCAGCGCCCUUGAGCUUUCUCGCGAGCAGCGAUGGCACGAGAACGAUGGCCAAGAUGCACGGCGGCGGAGACUCAUCUGGCUGUCAGAAACCAGAGAUCAAGAGCGGCUCAGAGCAGCCGUGGUGCGGUACCUGCCAUCGGCCGUAGCAAUCUCAUUCGACAACGAAGCUAACGACCACGUUAGAGCCUACUUUGCCGAGCGUUUCUCAAGACUCCUCGAGCGUUAUCUGCAAUAUCAACAGAGCCUCGGUGCAGAUCUCCAGACGUUGGAGCCUCGCAUUGAUCAAAUUUUCAUAGAAUUCGUGGAGACUGCAGUUAUCCUCACCUGGAGACAGCUGCCUCACAUCUCAGCGUCUGUUCGAUGCUACCGUUUCGGAAGGUUUCUUGGUCACGUAUGGUACAUGUCCGGCUUUGCGCUCGCAGCCAGCAAAUCCUUUGGUGCCGACCUCGCUCUACUCGACACCGAAUUGCUAGGUUUGGCGGCCCUCGUCUUCUGGAUGGUGGAUUGGUCCCGCCGUGAUAGGGCGUCAAUGCAAACACCAUCACCUGAAGGGCUACGGACAGCCGCCAGCUUUGAUGAUUUGAUGUCAAAGGUUGAAUUUCGACGCAUGUUUGGUUCGAUCUUUGACGAACGUAUCAUCAUAGCUAUGUGGGACAACAUCGAAGCCGAACUCCCAAGGAUCGAGAUAAACAACAAUACCGAAAUAAUCGCAUUACUUUGUGCCGUAGGAUCACCCGCCGGUCUUCAGCACUUCGUCAGACAAGGCGAAUGUAUUGCUGCAGGCGCGAUCGAUGAGUGCAAUGACCUCAGGCGCGUUUUGACCUCAAGCCUACCGCGACUUUGGCAAGACGCCGCAGCCCCAGGUGUCGAAGCCCAGGACUGA